CAAAUCUUCAACCAUGGUUUCCAACUACUUAUAAAUACCUCCUCAAGGGCCUAACGGCCUUAAUUGCAGCAACAAAUUCUCUCUGGGCAGUUGCUUCUCUCUCUCGGUUCAGUAUAGCAGUCGCCGUACUCUUUUAAAGCAAUGACAGGGAAGCUUACUAUUGUGAUGUUCUUUCUUGUUAUCAUGCUACUUUUACUAGCACAGAACAAUGCUAGCAGCAUUAAAGAGGCACCUGCUCCACAGCCCCAGCCACCUAGCAACUUCACAACGCAUGGAAUCACUCAAGGCAGCCUUCAUCCCCAAGAGUGCGGCCCUCGCUGCACUUUUAGAUGUUCAAAGACACAAUACAGAAAGCCAUGCCUGUUCUUCUGCCGGAAGUGCUGCGCCAAGUGCUUGUGUGUGCCACCAGGGACUUACGGAAACAAGCAAGUCUGCCCUUGCUACAACAAUUGGAAGACCAAGAGAGGAGGACCCAAGUGCCCUUAAUUCAAGAGACCAGUUGUCUGGAGGCCCUUCGCUAUUUGACUUCCGCUUCUACCUACCCAUAUCACGUUCAAUUUCCUUUAUUUCUUUUGUCUGCUGAUGCUGUGAACAAUUCCUGUGUCGAUCGUGUGUAAUCAAGCUGAUUCUUCAUGCAGCUUCAACAUUUACCUUUUCAAAAGUUAAUUUGUAAAUAUAUUUAUUUUGUUAUGACCAAUAUAUUCAUGUUUCUUCGCGCUC